UCUUUUUGCAAAGACUGCAGUCUGGGGAUAGGAUUAGAACUUUUUCAAUUAACGACCUGGUUAAAUCCGAGUUCAUAAUUGUGUCAGUUUUUGUUGUAACUUGUAACCCGAAUUUGAUUUCUUUUGUACUUGUUGGUAGGUUGGUUUGUUUAGUUCUUGUUCAUCAUGGGGAGUUUCGAACAAUUUAAGGCAACUGGUCAUGUUAAUGAUCAAACCAUGGAGGAAGUUGGUACUAUUCAUCCCAGAGCACAAUGGAAGCAAAUGGGGUACGAAGAGAAGACUCCGUCCAUACACGAAGAAAUGAAAAGGAUGAACCAGCUUCCUGCGACUAGUUCGUAUGUUACCCAUCGCAUGCUUGUUCUUAAUAAAAUUCUUCAACUGUUAUCCAUUCAGAGAACUGCUUCACAAGAAGAGGAGUUGGAGUUGCUCUUUGCCGGGCUGUCUCUAUGAACUAGCUGGUCUACACACUGGCUGAUUAACAUCAUGGCAAACUGUUCAUAGUUCUUUAUGGCCAUUGCUAAAGUUUCAAGACUCAAAAAGGUCCAGUUGAAAACUUUGAUCAACAUAAAAACAAAGGGCUUUCAUUUGCCAGAAAGUUUUAAAAUGUUUAUGAUUUUUAUGGGGGGAAA